UGAAGGCAGAUAUCCACAAACCAACACACACAUCUCAGAUGGGCAGACAGGGAGACAGGGACAAGAGACAACAUAGUGUUAGAAGCAAGAAAAGAGUAAGACACUACGCAAGGCUCUUGUGAAGACAAUCUCCUUUUUGACUGAGGAAACCUGUAUAGGGAAGGUAGAAGAGAUCAAUUUAAAGACCUGGAUCACUAUUUACUUUAAUAGGCUGAUUUCCAUCUCGAUCCAGUGGAUUAACAAAGAUUUCAGGACAUGGAUGGAGAAUUGUCAAGCCAGGAGCCAUCUGGGUCCACAGAGAUAAAUACUCAGACUGACACCAAUAACAACAACAACCAGACAGAUGAUCCAGAGCUGGAGGUGGGUAAAGACCCAGGGAGAGAGCUUGCAGCAGAAGAGACGGUGGACAGUGGGGAGGGAAUGGUUGACAGGGACUCAGAAACAGAUAAAAAAGAAGAGGAGGCUGGUGAUACAGACAAGCCCCAGAUAACUGUGUCACAGCAGGCUGAAGGUGACAAUGAAGAGGCUGGCCAAGAUAAAGACAUGAAGGAUCUUGAAGCGACGAGUACAGAAAAAGACAGAGAGGGGGAGACUAAGGAAGACAAGGAAGAUGGGCAGGUGGAAGAGGUGACAAGUCUUGAGACUGAGAGAGAUGCAGAGGAGAUGAAGGACGAAAACAAAGAAGAAAAGAAGAGUCAAGCAGAGGAAAAGGCUAUAGACACAAAAAAAGAUGCAGAUGAGAAAGCUGCAAAAGGGGAAGAGAAGAAAAAACAAGUCAAGGAUGUGGAAACAAAAGACAAAGGACAUAUUAAGGAGAUCGAAAAACAAGGGAAGCCAACAAGAAAAAGUGGUCCUCCCUCUUCUUCUCUCUCAAGACCAAGACAAUCUGCACGCUCUAUAAGAGCAGCCGCUAAAAACGACCUUAUUGCCAAGUUCCAACAGGGUGCUCCAGAGACACCAAUACCGCGCAACUUUAAAAUCCAGAGGUCAUCAACGGCUGGCGCUACAGGAGCUUCAAUCAAACAGAAGAUGCUUCAGUGGUGCCGUAGCAAGACUCGCAACUAUGAGGGAGUCAACAUAGAAAACUUCUCAUCGUCCUGGUGUGAUGGACUUGCAUUCUGUGCUCUGAUCCAUCGUUUCUUUCCUGAUGCUUUUGACUUCAGCUCCCUGAACCCGAAAGAGAGGAAGAAAAACUUCACUUUGGCUUUUCAAACUGCUGAGUCCCUGGCCGACUGCUGCCCUCUGUUGGAAGUGGAGGACAUGAUUAUGAUGGGGAAAAACCCAGACCCCAUGUGUGUGUUCACAUACGUCCAGUCUCUCUGCCACAGCCUCUCCAAAAUAGAGAAAGAGAGGAAAGACAAGGAAAAGGAAAAGGAAAGCAAAGAGGGGGUCAAAGAUGAGAAAGGAGAAGAUGCAGCUGGGGCGGAGUCACCAGAGAAGGAAGAGGAAGAGUCUGCUGAGAACGGGACGAUGGAGAGCCAGGAGGAGACACAGAGGGAGGUUACUGAGAUAGAGGGGACUGUAGAGGACGAUAAUGAACACAACAAUUAUGAGACGGAGAGAGAAGCUGUGUUAAUGUAGGCAUACUCCUUAAAAGAAAUACCCAAAGAACAGAUGAAGACUGAAAAAAACAAAAUAUUUCUGAUAGUUGAUGUCCUCAAAUGAAUCUUAAGUUUGGUGUUGGACUGCAGUCCAAAUAAAGAGGGACAUUAGGUUGAAUCAGAAGUUGGUAACAUAUUGUAUAAGUUAUGUUUGAAAGUUCACUCUGUGUUUUUUUUAAAUUUCUGUUUAAGUGUUUAGCAUAUGAAGCAGAAUUGAUCUGUUCUUCUAUUUGCUGUGUAUUUAAAGAAAAGGUAAUUGAAUAAUAUAUUUGUAUCGGAACGUUGUUUUGUGCAAGAACACCUUUUUGUUGAUGGGAAAAAUGAUGAUUAGCAAAGAUGAAUCAUGAGAAUAAGAUGAAUUGUAUUUUUCAAAAGUAGAAUUGUAUUUUUAAGCACUCUAAAUAUUAAAUGAUUUUUUUGGGGGCAAAAAUAAGCAUCCAAUUUUUUGUUGAGUCUUCCAGAAAUAAAACAUUUAUUGUGGUUUAACAGAUGAUCUGAGGUCUUAAAGACAUAGGUUGCCCUAAAAACAUGAUACAUAAUUAAUAAGGCUGAUCCAAAUUGCGAGGAUUUUAUCACAGCAACUCAUAAUGUGAGUCAGUAGCGUGUGCGGACCCCUGCGUGCCUGUAUGCACCCCCAACAAUAUCUGGGCAUGCUCCUGAUGAGUUGGCGGAUGUUGUCCUUGGGGAUCUACCUGGAUCAGAGCAUCAGUACUUGGCAUCGUCGGAUGCACAGAUUCAUAAUGUCCCAUAGUUGUUCAGUUGGAUUUACUUUAGUUAGGGCUCCAUUGGCUAUGGCAUGGAGGUCUGUGUGACCCUCCAAAGAUAUGCCUACCCAGACCAUCGCUGACCCCCUGCGAAAAUAAUGCCUGUUGCAUUGAGUCACUGAGUCUCCAGACUUUUACAGCUGUCAUAUGUUCUCAGUGUAAAGCUGCUGGCUCUCAUCAGUAAAGAGAAUGAGGCGCCAAUGCCAAACCUCCCAAUUUUGGUGUUCCCUGGCGAAUGCCAUGUCAAUCUACACAGUGCUGGGCUGUGAGCAAAGGUCCCACUAGAGGACAUUGGGUCCUCAUGUCACCUUCAUGCAAGCAGCCUACUGGAGGUCAUUUUGAUGAGGAAAUGAAGAUGUUUUUGUAAAGGCUUCUGCUAAUGGUCAUUAAGAUUAGAAAGUACAGCACAAUUUUUAGGUUAGAGCUGGGCCGUGCAUUGUUGACUGCUAAAACUGGUCUGUACUGAGGCAGGAGGUGGAUGCUGAGCCAUAAACUGUACUAAACAUGGAUGGACUCUCAGUGGCAUAACCAAUUGGUUUCUAAUGUGGAAAUUUUAAGCCCAUUGAAGGCGAUGUCAACCUGGUAACAGGCAAAUAGCUGGAGCUGAAAUGGGCCUUAAGCCUCCUGACAAACAGCUAAAACAAGCCUGCUCAUCAGUCAGAUCAGCCGCCCCCUUAUUAUGAAUAACUCUUUUCCCCAAUAAAAUCAAAACAAAUGACUUAAAUGACUUCGUGGCUGCCUGCCACAAACUAACCACUAGGCCAUCGGCACCCCUUCCUGUUUAUUUCUUUAAUUUCUCCAACUUUUGGAUAUUGUAAAAAUACCUACCUUGACUUUCCUUGUUCCAAUCCUCCUGCCAUGUUUUCUUUUUUUUUUGUUAUGCUUUGGACUUAAUUUUUCUCUAACUUACUGGCAUACUUAUUUCUAAUUUCUUUGUUGCUUCCUUUGGAAAUCUUUCAGCUAAGGACUCACUCUGGAUGCUCAGGGUGUAAUA